CUUCAUCUUCUUCAACUCCUUAAAUCCCCAAAACCCAAUACUCAGAAACCCUCAAACAUCACAAAGACUCAGUCUUUUGAUUCAAAAAUUUGGAGAGAGAUGUCAAUAAGAAGCUUAAUCCAGGACAUGAGGUUUUCCCGGUCGCAGCGGGUGGUUCAGGACCGGUCGGCGGCGGCGGCGCCGGAGUUGGGCGACUCGUUGAAGCAGAGCUGCUGGGCCCACAUGCCUCAGGAGCUGCUUAGAGAGGUUCUGAUGAGAAUUGAGGCUUCUGAGGCCGCCUGGCCGCCGCGGAAGAGCGUCGUCGCCUGCGCCGGAGUUUGCCGGAGCUGGAGGAUUUUGACCAAGGAGAUCGUUAAGUCUCCUGAGCUCUCCGGGAAGCUCACCUUCCCCAUCUCCGUCAAGCAGCCUGGUCCAAGGGAGGAACUCCUACGGUGCUUUAUAAAGCGGAACCGAUCCACCCAGACAUAUUAUCUUUACCUCGGUUUGACCCAUGCAUUAACUGAUGAGGGAAAGUUCCUACUUGCUGCUCGCAAGUAUAAACGCCCAACCUGCACCGAUUAUAUUAUCUCACUAAAUGGUGAUGAUAUGUCAAAGGGCAGCAGCAACUAUAUUGGAAAACUGAGAUCAAACUUUUUGGGAACAAAGUUCACCAUCUUUGAUGGGCAGCCAACUGAUGUGGGAGCCAAGUUUACAAAAAGUCGAUCCACUAGGCUAGUGAAUUUGAAACAAGUUUCGCCUAGGGUCCCUGCUGGCAACUAUCCUGUGGCUCACAUUUCCUACGAACUAAAUAUGUUGGGUUCCAGAGUUCGUGCAAGCAGGGGUCCAAGGAGAAUGCAAUGUACCAUGGAUGGAAUUCCUGCCACGUCGAUUCAACCUGGAGGAGUAGCACCCAUGCAGGCAGAGUUUUCAAGUAGCACUGCCGAGUUCUUUCCGUCCCUUCCAUUUUUCCGUUCAAAAUCAACUCGCAUGGAAAGUUUCCUAGGGCCUUCUGCGAAACCAAAAGAUGGGGUCAUCGUGUUAAGAAACAAAGCUCCAAGGUGGCACGAACAACUCCAGUGUUGGUGCUUGAACUUUCAUGGAAGAGUAACAGUUGCUUCAGUGAAAAACUUUCAGUUGGUUGCUUCUCCAGAAAAUGGGCCAGCUGGGCCAGAGCACGAGAAGAUUGUCCUCCAAUUUGGUAAAGUGGGCAAGGACUUGUUUACCAUGGAUUACAGGUACCCAAUAUCAGCAUUCCAGGCAUUUUCGAUCUGCCUCAGUAGCUUUGACACCAAGAUCGCCUGUGAAUAAUACAUUUGAAACAGGUAUGGGGAUUUAGGUCUGGUAUAUAGUUAAUUAUUCCUGAAUCUGAAUAAUCAAAACUUAUGAACACCGGAAAUUGUUAAGUUGACAUAAAUGAGCAACUAUUAUUACCGAGUAAUGGACAGUUCCGGAAUCUGUAGGUUACUAUUUCUGCUGUAAUGUAUAAGUUUUAUAGUCAAUUUACUGACGGUCUGGUACACGUCAAUAUCUAUUUACAUAAUCUUGAUAAAUCCUAUAUUUUUCUACUGGUGUAGGAGUAACAAGGUUGGAAAAUCAGUUACGAUGUUGAAUUCGAUGAGCCUUUUUUGAGAAGGUAAUUGCAGCUGGACUUCUUAUGCAGAGGG